AUGGCAGCAGCGUUUUUGAAUAUUGGCGGUUACGUUUUUAUCUUCUUCUUGUUGUCAUUAGCCACAUUGGCCCCACAGGUUCGAUCCCAUAUUGCCGUCUUUGACGACUACUGGACGCAGCGUCAAGGCGAUGCGUUGAAACAAACUUUGGCCUCUUUUGAUCCAAAUCCACUCAACGUCACCAACCAUUUGAAUUACCAUGUCGCUUUAGCACUAGACACCACAGAAUCAACCAACAACAACACAAGAAGAGAGCUUUCACAGAUGAGACGUGGUCGAAAAAUGCGAAACAAGAGAGGACAAUGCGUAGCUCAUAACCCAAUAGACAAAUGCUGGAGAUGCGACCGUGACUGGGAGAAAAACCGUAAGAAGCUAGCGGAUUGUGCUCUCGGGUUCGGCAGAAGAACCACCGGAGGAAAAGACGGACCGAUCUACGUAGUCAUCGACGCCUCAGACGACGACGUCAUCAACCCUAAGCCAGGAACGUUAAGACACGCUGUGACACGAAACGGACCUCUUUGGAUCACUUUUGCAAGAAGCAUGAUCAUAAAACUGCGACAAGAACUGAUGAUGACGAGCGACAAAACGAUCGAUGGAAGAGGAGCUAAGGUUUACAUCAUGGGAGGUUCUGGAUUAACGUUGCAGUUUGUGAAUAAUGUGAUCAUACACAAUAUCUAUAUCAAGAACGUUGUUCCCUCGAACGGUGGUUUGAUCAGAGACUCUGAGAAUCAUGUAGGGUUAAGGACGGUUAGUGAUGGUGAUGGAAUCAAUAUGUUUGGAGCAACUAAUGUUUGGAUUGAUCAUGUCUCGAUGACUAGAUGUUCAGAUGGUAUGAUUGAUGCAAUUCUUGGCUCCACUGCUGUAACUGUCUCCAACGGCCAUUUCACAGACCACCAAGAGGUGAUGCUUUUUGGGGCCAAUGACAAACACGUGAUCGACAAGAAGAUGCAGAUAACAGUUGCGUUUAACCACUUUGGUAAGAGACUGGAACAGAGAAUGCCUCGUGUCAGAUUCGGAACGAUCCAUGUGGUGAACAACGACUACACACAUUGGGAAAUGUAUGCAAUAGGUGGAAACAUGAACCCUACAAUCAUUAGUCAAGGCAACCGUUUCAUUGCUCCUCCUAACGAUCAAGCCAAACAGAUCACAAAGAGAGAGUACACUCCUUACGUUGAUUGGAAACUUUGGAACUGGCAAUCAGAAGGAGAUUACUUCCUGAAUGGAGCUUACUUUGUGCAAUCAGGAAAACCAAAUGCGUGGAGCCCUAAACCGAAGAACCCUGUCCCAAACAAGUUUUUGAUCCGACCUAAACCGGGAACGAUGGUACGUAGACUCACAAUGGACGCGGGAGUACUAGGCUGCACACCGGGUCAAGCCUGCUGA